AUGCAGGCUAUUGAGGGCUAUUGUAGUGCCUUUGUGUCGCUGCCCGUAGAAGCUCCGCCCGUCAUGGUCUUCGGAAGGUCCACCAAGCGCCGGCCACACAAGCUGGUCGAAGCAGCUGCCAAGGGGUCCAUACUGGGAGGGCACAGCCCCGAUGAGAUCGACAAUAUCAAUACCCUCGGUGGUGUUGUCAGUGCCCUGGUGCUGUCCUUCGUCCUGGGCCUGCAGUACAUGGUCGCACCUGGGACGGAUGAGAUGAACUACGCCGACUACAGGAGCUUGAUGUGCAAAAGUCAGGAGUUCCGCCUGUUCGUGCGCGACGUCUUCAAAAUCGAGGACAUCGGCACCCACAGCGAAGAGUUCUUCAACUUCACAAAGUUAGUCAGACCCGGGCAGUACAUGGACAUUGAGCAGUUCCUAGUUUCGGGGAUGCAGUCGAAAUGGGGCGAGGCCGCAUCAGGGAACGAUCACAUCGCCUGCAUUGGCGACAAGGACGUCCAGACCGCCGUGGCUUUCACCUUUGAGGACUUUCCCAAGAAGUACAUGCACGCCUUUGUCUUGCAGAGUGGGGACUUCUACCGGUGGUCGGAGGUCAAUGAACGCAUCGGCGCCGUCGCAGGGGCCCUGAUCUUCGCGGCGCUGCUUUGGAGCAUCAUCCUGAACCUAAGCCUGGCCCUCGCGCCCGUGAGAGAAGACGACUCCGGCACCGCCCUGGUGGCCUGGCUCAUGAUCGGGGGGCCCAUGAUGAUGGUCAACUACAUCUUCAUGGUGGUAGGGCUCAUCCUGUUUUUCGUCACUCAUGGGCGCCAGCUCAUGGCCAUGAGCCCCUUUUCCGGGGCAACGUCUUGGAACACCGUCACUGUAGCCUUGUUCGCCAUCCUCCUCCCCAUCUUCGUCGUCGGCGUGAUCCUGGGAAUCCUUUCAAAGAUCUGGGCCGACUACAACGCUCAAAAGGACACGAAGGCCGAGGAAGACCAAGGCACACUGCAGGUCCACACAGAUGGUGACGGUAAUCAGGAGCCCGAAGUGAAGGCAGACAUGUAG